AGCCUUGUGUCUUGGGGGAAAGCCUUGCAUGUCCAAACAGCAUGUAGACUAAAUAACUGCUCUAGUUUUGCUUACAUCCAUUUGUUUUAUUAAUCCUAACAUAUUGUGCAGUAUAACGUAGGGUAGCUUUAUUUGGAAUUAAGAAUAUACGAGGUGCAUUGAAAGCACCAGAGCAGAGCUAGUGAAGAAACCAACAGCGACAAAAAGAAAAAUAGCUAAUGUGUCCAAACUUCAGAAGAUAACUGUCUGAAGUAAAUAUGUCACAUCAUCUAAUAUUAAAUUGUAGUUGCAGUAUUAUUGUUGCGUCAGUCACUGGCAAACACUGAAAGUCCUUUAACCGAGGGUCUGGCAAAGCGAAACUACAAACAAACUCAGUCUCGUGCAAGCGUUUGCAGGUCCAAAACACACAAAGUGACGUACACUCCCACGCUAUCAAAAGGACAUGAAGGGACUUCAAGAGAAGCCGGCCUCGUGAGGCGGAAAUUCCAGUGCACUGGGGCUUUCCUCGAUAAUUUUGUUUGCCUAUAUCAGUUGUUGUCAGUCGCUUUUCAAAUUAUAAUCCUGCCGUUCGAAUGAUGGACGACUCUGACCCCCUAGCUCCGAGUCGCUUCAAUGACAGCAAGUUAAAAGUGGUAGAAAAAACGCCGUUCAACCAGGUGAUGACUUGUAAAGCCUCCAACAUACAGAGACUGGUCCAGGUGGUGCAGAGGGUGGUGCAGAAGAGCUGCAGAACAGCCUGCCAGAUGUUCUGCUGCCCCUUAGAUACUCUGCUGUGUGAAAAGGUCACAUGCUGUCCAGGUGAACCUCAUCAACCUACAGGGGAUCAAACUACACAAUUGGCGCUUCAGAAUCCACCAUCUACCAUUUUGAUUGUGAACAUCAGCAACUCCACCUUGAUCGACUGCGUCAUCGGGAACGACGCCUACCGAUCUGCGGUGGCUGAAAGUCAGCCUCUAAUGCAGGAACCUGAGCGCCGACGGCAUGAUCCGGCGAGGUGCAGCUGCAGCCGUGGACAGCAGGGGGCAGCACAGACCUCUGCUCCCCCUCCUCCUCCCCCUCCUCCCCCCCUUCCCUCCGCCCAGCCUCGGAGCAUCAACAUCCACAGCUCCCGUCUCAACUGUGUCAUCAUCGGAGACAACAACUACAUGCACGCCGAGCAAACCUACUCCACUGACACGGAAGUACUGCGUGUGUGAAGCUUUGGCCACAAGGAGCGCACACACACACACACACACACACUACACUCUCUAUCGACACUGUCAUCUGGAGGAUCUAAGUAUGAGAGAAAACAUUCUUAGUCUCCACCACCACUUAUUUUUUUUUAUUUUUUUUUACAUUUCGGAUUUGUGUCAGUCUGUUAUGAGUUUGGCCAUUGUGUUUUUUAUAUUUAUUUUUUGGCCAUUUUAUUUAUUUGACAAGAGAGAUGAAGACACGAAAGGGGAGAGAGAGGGACUAGCAUGCAGCAAAGUCUGCUUCUCCUACUACUUUUGCAUUAUUUAAGGGCUCAUUUAACAAUUAUUUAAAUUAGCAAUAUAUCUGUAAUUAAUUCAUUGUUAAAUUGCAAAAUGUCAGAAUAUUCAAGACCAAGUUGACAUAUUCAGACAACUUGUGUGUGUGAUUCUCCGUCCAAAACCCAAGAACAUUCACUCUAAAAUCAUAUUGAAUAAGCAUAUAUGAAAAAGAAAAAAUUAAUCAACUGAUUGUUUCAGUUGUUGUGUAGACCGACACUGCUGUCAGGGUUAUGGAUCUGGUCUUGGGCCUGACAUUUGUGGCUACAGAUUUAAAAAUAUAACCGUUGUUCAUCACAGUUCUACUCUUCAAGUGUUGUAAGAGUGUCAGCACGCACAAACAGACCUCAUCCUCUGCAGUCAAGGGCUUUCCUGUUUUGCAACGCGGGUUCUUCUGCUCCUCUGUCAGAUGUGGGGACAGAAAGUUGGGAGCAGCUGGGAAUUUUUACGGGGAUGUGACGUUUUAGUGAUUCA